UCAGGCUGCUCAGCCCUUCCCCCCUUCAUUGCUGAGCCCUGGCUUUUUCAUGAACUUUCUUCCAGCUCUCCUCCUCAGUUUGGCGGACAAGAUUGUGCUUCUAUCCAUCUGAGUGAGCUCCCUUUGCAAGAAAGGGCGACUCAGGAUACGUGACCAUUCUCAAAAGCAUGGCGCCCGCUGAAGGGAGCUCGAAUGGUUCGCACAAGCGCCAGCUCGUGGGGUUUGACAACUUCAAGCGGUCGAACCCCAUGACGGACCGGUUUGAGGCGCUCCGCUUCCACCACAUCGAGUUCUACUGUGGAGACGCCAACACAACUUUCCGGCGCUUUCAGUGGGGUCUAGGGAUGCAGCUAGUGGCCAAGUCUGACAUGUCCACUGGAAACCAGAAGUAUGCGAGUUACGUGCUUCAGUCAAACGAGCUGGUUUUCGCCUUCACAGCCCCGUAUUCUGGCAAGGUUGAGAAAAUUGGGAGCAAGGAGCCGCACCCUGAUUUCAACCAGGAAAGCGCAAGGGACUUUUUAAAUAAGCAUGGCCUGGGGGUGAGGGCAGUGGGGAUCCUUGUCGGCGACGCAGAGAAGGCAUAUGAAGAAACCGUGCGGAACGGGGCAGAGGGAGUUAUGGAGCCCAAAGAACUGACGGAUAGCGCUACAGGGAAGGCCGCGGUGGUGUCUGAAAUUAAAGCAUACGGCGACGUAGUUCUCCGGUUUAUCAGCUCAAAAGGGUUUGAAGGCCCCUUCCUGCCAAACUACGAGCCCGUGCAAAGUUUCCAGCUCUCCUACGGACUUCAAAGGCUCGACCACGCUGUCGGAAAUGUCCCUCACCUUCUGGAGACCAUCGACUACCUCGCCAACGCCACGGGCUUUCACGAGUUUGCCGAGUUUACUGCAGAAGACAUUGGCACGGUGGACAGCGGCCUCAACAGCAUGGUGCUAGCGAGCAACAACGAGCGGGUCAUCAUGCCAGUCAACGAACCGACCUUCGGGACGAAGAGAAAGUCACAAAUCCAGACGUACCUGGAGCACAAUGAAGGCCCCGGGCUGCAGCACCUGGCGCUCAAGUGCGACGACAUUUUCACGACGCUCCGUGAGAUGCGCCAGCGCACUGAGGUCGGAGGGUUCGAGUUCAUGCCGCGACCCUCGGAAAACUACUACAAGAACCUGCCCGAGAAAGUGGGGAGCGAUCUGACGCCCGAACAGCUCAAGGAGUGUCAAGAGCUCGGGAUCCUGGUGGAUAAGGACGACCAGGGGAUUCUGUUGCAGAUCUUUACCAAACCUUUGGGGGAUAGGCCUACUAUCUUCAUCGAGAUCAUUCAGCGCAUCGGGUGCACCUACGAGGAGAACGGCAAAAUGGAGCAGAAGGGCGGCUGCGGCGGUUUCGGCAAGGGCAACUUCUCCGAGUUGUUCAAAUCGAUCGAGGAUUAUGAGAGGACUUUGGAUGCCAAGGUUUGAGAGGCAUCUCCGUCAUGCAUUUUUGUCCUCAUAAAGGAGUAGAUUGUACAAGCAGAUUGGAACCGUAUUGUAAUUCUGGCAGAUCGAGUACGUGUGCCCAUGUACAGGGAAUCGAGGUGUGCGAAAUGCGGAGAAGCAGCUAGUUGUAUGAUAGCAAGUCUGUAGACGUGUCUGGACAGCCGCGCUGCGCAAUAUCCUUUUGUAGACGGCUCGUCAUAUUGAACGCAACACUGACAACCGUUUAAUGUGUUGAGUGGAAGUCCUAUGUAGCUAUUGAUGCCAGUGACCGUCUGACGUACAGCUAGUCUUGAGUCACGCAACACAUGAUCGCAGCGAGGCAUUUUAGCCCGUGCACUCGCAAGCACGUCCGAU